CAUAAAGCUGCAGCCAUGUCUCUAUCAAACAAGACGAAGAAUAAAAAAAAUGCAUUUGGAGCCACGGCACCUCCAUUUAUCGACUACUUGAAAGAGAUCCUCAGACGCUACCCUGAUGGAGGACAGAUACUGAAGGAGUUGGUACAGAAUGCAGACGAUGCUGGAGCUUCAAACACCGUGUUCAUCCAUGAUGAGAGAAGAUAUGGCACAAACAGUGUGUGGAGCAAUGCCCUGGGAAAAUAUCAAGGACCGGCUCUCUAUGCCUUCAAUGAUGCAGACUUUACUGAGGAAGACUGGAAAGGGAUUCAGCGAGCAGGGCGGAGCAUCAAACAUGACGAUCCAACCAAAGUGGGGCGAUUCGGGAUUGGAUUCAAUUCUGUUUACCAUGUUACAGAUUUGCCGUGUGUAUUUAGCUCCAAAUAUCUUGCCAUUUUUGACCCCCAAAAGCUGAUGUUUGAUGAUGAACGUGAGGGCUACCGCUGGUCCCUGGAUGAUGAAGCGGACAGAAAACAUAUUUUGAAAUUCAAAGAUCAAUUCAAACCUUUUCAAGAUAUUAUUAAUCUAGUAUGUAAUGGUUCUUGUACUUGGGACAAAAUCAUCAACGAGCACUAUUUUAAAGGAACACUCUUUCGGUUUCCUUUGCGUGAUGAGGCCUCAGAGAUUUCUGACAAUUUAUAUGACUCCAAGAAGGCUACCCAACUUUUUGACAGCUUCAUUCCAGAUGCAGACAUUAGCGUUUUAUUUCUGAGAUCAGUCUCAUCCAUUUCUUUGUUGCAUAUUGAUUUAAAUGGCAGUGUUACCAUUAGGAUGAAAGUUUCUACAUCAUCACCAACCAGCCCUCUUCAGCAGACUGACGAUUUCAGAGGUAACUAUGUGCAAGGCAAGACUAGCUUUAAGACAGUGUCCUGCCGUUCACCAGAUCAGGAUGAAACAACCACCCAGUGGCUUGUGACAGCCUGUCGGCUAGUGGAAGAAUACGAAACUGAGAUCGACACUCUGGCUCACAAACUGAGUUUAUACCCUCAGGUUGAUGUAGCAUUUCAGUGUGAUGAAGACGGGGCAGGUAGCAGUGGAAGGCUAAGCUGCUUUUUGCCCCUUCCAAACAAUGAAACAAACAGGACAGGACUCCCCGUUCAUAUUAACGCAUGCUUUGGCCUUACAGACAAUCGAAGGUACAUCAAGUGGCAGGAAGAGGAUCAGAAGAAUGAUGAAUCAGCAAAGUGGAAUGAGUUGCUAAUGAAGGAGGUUCUGCCUCAUGUAUAUCUCAAAAUACUCCAAGAUGGUGUGAAACUAUCAAAAAAGUCAGUACUUCCUGUAAGUGCUGUGUACAAACUCUGGCCUAAUCUAAAAGAGACACAGGACAGCCCUCGAUGGCAUAAAGUUGCUGUAGACCUUUUUCAAAGAUUGUUUAAAGAACAAGAAAUCUUUUCCUUAGCGAAAAAUGAGAACAAAUGGGUGGCUGCAUCAGAUGCUGUUUUCCCAGCGGAUACUGACACUGAUAUAAUGUCUGCAGUUUUUCGCUUAUUGAUUGAAGAAGGAGAAAACCUUGUGACUGUGCCUGAACAUGUUCUACUCAGCAUAAAGGAAACCUUCCCAAACCCCGACAGUCUGGAAUGGGUGACACCAAGUUUUGUUAGAUCUGUGCUCCACAGAAAUAACAUUAAAUCAGUUGGUAAGGAUGAGAAACUGUCCAUCUUGAAGUAUGUGCUCAGUGAUGGAAGGUAUGAAGAAUUAAAUGGUCUGAAGCUUUUGCCACUUAGUGAUGGAAGUUUCAGGUCCUUUACGAACCAAGAGGAGGACACUGUUUUGAUUGACAAUGAGAAGUUCUCACGGGUGUUGCUGCCUUUUUGCAAAGACAGAUUUCUGCCUGAAGAUCUGAACAGCUCCACGGUCCAUCAUCUGAGGCACAUAGCCAUGACAAAUUCAAAACUGUAUCAACUCAUUAAUUUGGAUGCAAAGAAUGUUUGUGUAUUUUGCAAGAAACAUUUACCAAAAGAGUGGAAAGAGACAAAAGGUCAUGUGAAGUGGAAUUCUAUGAAAGAUGAUCAUCCACCAAAAACAUGGCUGAAGGAAUUCUGGAAGUUUCUGAACGAUCACUGGGCAGAGCUAAGAGAUUUUAUUGGCAUGCCAUUGAUACCUCUGGAACCAUUUCAACAAACAGCAAGCACUGUAAUGUUAGCAAGACUGGAAGAGAAAUCCACUUUGAUUUUCCAGAGCAGCAGAGAGUACACCUUAUCAGAUCAAAUUCAGAAAGUGGUUAAGGCGAUUGGAGGUACUGUCAUUAAGAAAGAUGAGUGUCUAAAGCAUCAUGACAUCGAAAGUUACGUUCUGACUCCAUCUCCAAGGAACGUCCUGCAAAUUCUUUUAAAUAUAGACAGAGACAAGGUCAUCAGAGGUAUUGCUUCUACUUCAAUUCAUGAAAAGGAGGAGUUUAAAACCUAUAUCUCCUCUUUGGAUCUUCUUUCUGAUGUAGAGCAAAAUCUGUUGUCAGCUCUGCCCAUUUUUAGAUUGAUGUCUGAAAAGUAUGUUGCCAUUGAGUCAAAACAAGCAGUUAUUUUAAAGUCCAACCCAGCCAUUCCAAAGGAUUUACCGGUGCCUGACACCAUAAUCCAGUGUGCAAAUGAAGCUGACCGCAGACUUUUGUCUCUCCUUAAAGUUGAGCUUUUGGAUCCUGCUCAGUUAGCUAUUUACUUGGUAGACUGCAUUGAUGCCAAUCUUUUUGCCAAAGAGGAUGAACAACAAAUAAUGACUUGGAUUCUGAAUCAUGGGCAAAUCCUUUUCUCCCAAAAUGAAGAAUUGCUCAGGAAAUGCAAGAAUCUCAGAUUCAUUUUGACAGAGCAGGGUGAACGCAAAAGCCCGUCAAGUGUUUUUGAUCCAACAAAGAAAACUUUCCUUGAUCUUUUUGAGGAAGACUUUUUCCCACCACAAGUUUAUAGAUCAGCAAAAAUGCUGGAAAGCUUGAAACAACUUGGCCUACAGACAAAAGAAGAAGAAUUGUCUCCAGCAAACAUUCUUUAUGUUGCCUCACAAAUUCAAAAACUCCACAUCCACUCACUAAACAGAGCUUUUAAAAAGGCUGAUGUUCUUGUAAGAAUACUGAAUGAAAAUGACUUGCUAUCGAAAUUCUCUGAGGAGAAGAGACAAGAGCUUCUUCAGUUGCAGUGGAUUCCUUGUGAAAAUCCAAAUUCAGUAAAAAUGAAAAACAGUCAGAAGCGCUGUCUCUACAAACCAACUGAAAUAAGGGCUUCAAAGUAUUCUGCAAUUGUUGGACAUGUCAUGCCACUUGCUUCAGACCUAAAUGAGAGCAUAUGCCACAAACUUGACCUUUAUAGUUUUCCUCCAGCUGAAAAGGUCAUGGAAAAUUUGUGUGUUCUUAAAUCUUGGGGUCAAACCAUGGCCAGUCCAGAUUCAGAUUAUGAGUUCAAAAACAAUUUGCACAGCACAUAUAAAUUCAUGCAAGAAAACAUUGAACAGUUCAGAAAGGAGAUGAACAAUAAGAGCAUUUCAUGGCUCUGGGCCCAGAAUGAGUUUGUGUCACCCAGGGAAGUUGUGCUCACUUAUCCAGCUGAACUUGAUCUAAGUCUUUACAUCAAGAAAGUGCCUGAAGAGUUUUUACAAUAUAAUGAGCUCCUUAGAGAAUUUGGUGUGAAGGAAACACUUGCUGAUGAAGAAAUUGAAGCUAUACUCAGUGACAUUAAAGAAAACAUUGAUGACAGGAUUCCACCUUAUGGCAAACCCUCUGAACUUAAAAUGUCAAUAGCCAUCCUUGACUGGAUGCGAAAAAAUGAAAAGAAUUUAAAGGACACUACACCAGUACCCGUCAUGGCACAAAACCAAAACUUCACCUUACAACCUUUGAAAACAACAGUUUUUUGUGAUAUCAGUGAUGAUGGGUUAAAUGACCUAAAACAAGAUGAAGAGGAGUUCUAUGUCAUCCAUGAGGAGGUGCUACCUGUGACAGCAAAAUGGCUGAAAAUUCCCUUUCUAAGUACCCGUAUUCUGAAACCACAAAUAAUAGUAGAUGAGGAAGAGUAUGAGGGAAUCGAGCAGUGUGGUCAAACAGAGCCAAUCACUCUGAGAAUCAAAAACAUACUGAAAGAGUAUGAUGAUGAAAAUGACAUUUUUAAAGAACUCCUACAAAAUGCUGAAGAUGCUGGUGCGAUUACCUGUGGAUUUAUGCUGGAUUUCAGAGUACACCCAACUGAAGGGCUUAUUGAUGAAGGCAUGGCUCUGUGCAAUGGUCCUUGUCUUUGGGCAUUCAACAAUGAGCUGUUCUCAGAGGAAGAUUGGAAAAACAUUGUUAGGGUUGGCUCUACACCAAAAGAACACAAACUUGAGACAAUCGGGAAGUUUGGACUAGGUUUUAAUGCUGUUUACCACUUGACAGAUAUUCCAUCUAUUUUGAGUGGAAAAACUCUUCUACUUCUUGAUCCAAAUGUAACCCACUUGGAAAAACACAUAAAAAGUAAAUCAGCUCCUGGAAUUAAACUUGACCUGUUUCAAGAUAGGCUGUUUAGGAGGUUUCCUGGACAGUUCAAAUCUUAUCAGGGGAUUUUUGGUUGUGAAAUAUCAAACAGCAACCAGAAAUUUUACAGUGGUACUCUGAUUAAACUACCAUUUCGCACAGCAGAGGAGGCCUGCAAUUCAGAAAUUAGCUCCAAAGUAUAUGACAGAGAGUGUAUAAAUGCAUUUCAGCAACACUUGACAGAUUGUUCUCUUACUCCUCUGUUAUUUCUUAAACACAUGAAGUCAUUGUCUCUUCAAAUCUUUAAACAAGAACCAAUCGAAACUGUCCUGAAAAUCUCCAAAGAGAUCGUAUGCUCAAUUAAAAUUUCAAAUGAAAGUCAUCUACAAGACAUCAGAGAAGCUCUGACAAACUUUGACACAAGCUGCCAUGAAGUUGUAGACUGUUUUACUGCAACCAUUGUGGAAAUAGAUUGGGAGUGUGCCGUGAGACCUAGCAAACAGCACUGGCUUGUCUAUUCCUGUUUUGGGACAAAGGAUUCACUGAGAAUGUUUCAGAGAGAACUGGAUCAAUGCACAUUUUCCUUACCAAUUGGAGGAGUUGCAGUACCUCUACAAAAAGAAUCAGAUAAUAUGUGGUCCCCUGAUGAAAGGUUUUCAGAUGGCCAGGCAUUUUGUUUCCUUCCUCUUCCAAUAGAUACAGGCCUCCCAGUUCAUAUCAAUGGAUCAUUUGCAGUCACAUCAAACAGGAAGGCUUUGUGGGGAUUUGGUACAAAACUGGAGUGGAACAAAUCACUGCUUAAAGAUGCAGUUGCAACAGCCUACAUCACCACACUGCUCGAGCUUAAGAAAAUAUACCAAAAUGGGAACCUUCAGAACUAUGAUUACUACACAUUCUGGCCUGACACAGAAAAAGUAAACAAUGCAUUUGAACCUUUGGUUAGUGCUUUUUACUCAGCCAUUGUACAGAGCACAAAUGUCAGAAUCUUGGAGCUCUUGAGUAAUGGAAAAACCUGGUGCUCCUUUGUCAAUGCAAGAUUUCUUGAUCCAAGUAUUCAAGAAAAUGAAACAGUGGGAAAACUUGCAAUGGAGGUGUUCCUAAAUUAUCCAGAAUCGAGCUACUGUUCCGUCCCUUUGCCGGCCUGGGCAAGGAAUAAUUUCAUUCGAUGUGGCUUUGGUGAAAUGGUAAAGGAGAACAUUAGCUGGUUUGAAUUUUACCAAGUAGUUUUCAAGAACUUGAACAAAAUGGAGGCACACUGCAGAAAUGUUCUUAUAUUGAAUGCCAUAGACUUGAAUGAUCAUGAAGUUGACAAAUUGCUGAAAAGUACUGCAUGCAUUCCAACAGUGAAAACAGGGACUCUUCAGUUCUCUAACAAACUGGUGAAUCCUCAUGGGAAUGUUGCAUGCUUAUAUGAGCCAGAGGAGGGCCGCUUCCUUGAUGAAACCAAAAAUGACUAUUUUACUCCAGAAAGGAUUCAGCGACUGUCAGGCUUGGGAAUGUUGAAUGAUGUGCUCCCACUAGAGGAAGUUAUUGGGAGAGCUAAUAAAAUCUCCCAAGUUUGGGCUAAAGACAAAAGUAAAGCCUACACACAUCUUCAGUGUCUUUUCACUCCAUGGAGAAGUUUGCACAUCUGGAUUCUUUGCACUGGGAAACUCUAA